GAGAUGUGACCCUUAAACAGGCAGUUUGAUGGGAUUUCAACCGUCAUCACAGUGGAUUUAAAGCUUCUAUUUGUCUCUUGGAUGAGCUGAGUGAUGCACCCAGAAAUGUGCUAAACUCUCUCAGCGUAUCCAGGUUUUCUUUGCUGAUCGUAUCUUAUUCUGGGGAUCGGUUGACACGCAGCUGACUGGAGGGAUUCGGACAUGAAGGAGUUGACGUGAUCUGUUUUUCUCUGCUGCGAUGAACCCUGUGGUCAUGACGCUGAGGUGGACUGUGAGUAAGCUGAUGAUGGUGAUCCUGCUGGACUUCCCAAAUGAUAUUUGGAUGCUGCCGGCUCCCAAAAAGGUUUCCAUGGAUUCUGUGGACAUGAGACACACACUGAGGUGGCGCCCCCUGCAGGCUUCAUGCAACACUACCGUCCUGUACUCCGUCCAGUACCAGGGAGAGUUCGAGCUGCUGCUCAGGAACGGCAGCUGGGUGGACGCCGCCGAGUGCCAGCAGAUCCCUGAAACUCACUGUGACCUGAGCUUCGACCUCGGGUCCGACUCCGACUACAACCUGCAGGUCAGAGCUCAGUGUGGCUCGCAGCUCUCAGCCUGGACCCGCCUCAGCCAGCCCUUCAACCGGAGAGACACGGUGAUGACGGUGCCGGAGAUGCUGGUGACGACGGCGGGCGACACCCUUCAGGUGACCUUCGACAAGCUUCCUCCUUUGGCCGCCGUCAGCGUGACGUUGUGGAAGAAAGACGACGAGACACAGGCUGCUGUGUUCUCGAUGCCCGCUGAGCAGACGGUGCUGCACAUCGCCGCCCUGCAGGUCGGAGCGAUGUACUGCUUCAGAGCUCAGAUCGUCCUGGACUCUGGGCUCCACAGCAGCAGCACCGACGCCCGCUGUGUGUCCAUCACAGGUGCUGUUCCCUGGAAGAAGCCGACCACCGUCACCGUCACCGUCAUCGUCAUGGCCGGUCUCCUGUUUGCUGUGUUCUGGUCCGUCGUUCACUGCCGGCCGGACGCCUGCCAAACAUAUUUCCAUAAAGAGCCGCUGCCACAGUCACUGAAAGGUAAUUGGGACAUAAAAAUCCUGAUGAGCCCUCAGGAGGACGAGCUUUGUGAGCGAAUCCCCGCGGUGCUGAGCGUCGACUCCAAGCGACGGGCAUCAAAAACAGAUGCUGAAUCCGCAGCACAUCUGGACAACCAACAGUACUGACGUUUUUUGGAGUUUGUGCCACAUUCAAAUCCUGCGGGUUGAACAAAAAGACGAAAAACUGAAGGAAACAACGUCAAGAUGCACUUAUGCUUCGUCAGAGGAUCACAUCCGACCACAGGCGAGAUUUCAGCAUCCACGUGUGACUCUCUGACCACAGUUUGUGGUCUAAAGGAGGUGAAACAUGACAAUAUGUUCACACUGAAGUGACAAAGCCCCGUCGUGGAUGCAGGAAUUCUGACUACUGUCUGCCAGGAACAAAGGAGGAAGUUGGAUGAUGUUGAAGCCUACAGAGGGAGGAGGUCAGGGUUGAUGAAUGGGUCCAAAAAAAAAACAACAAAAAAAAAAAAGUUUAAUUUAACUUGACUCUGCUGUUUGUUUGCUGUUUCCUACAGCAAAUCAAUGUCAGUAUCCUUCAACUAUGACCACAUUUAUUCUUGAACCUUAUUCACAAAGUUAAUAACGUGUCCAUGGAUCAAUAAGACGUCAUCGACAAUAUUAUGCUGAGCUAGAAGAUUUUUACGUUUUUUGGCAAUUAGACUCAGAUGACAAGUGGAUAGAAGAUAAGAUAGGACAGAAAGACUUUUAAAACAAAUACAAUGAUGCUUAUCAAAACAACUUAAAUGGACCGAGAGACUAGAAGCAUAGAUCUACCGUAUGAACUAUCCAGGAAUAAUUACAGUCAUAAGGGGAGGAAACAGUGAAGGUCACAUGGUUCUUGAAGGCUGGAGAAAAGAAAACAAUGAAGACUAGAGGCUGGGGGAGAUACAGUUAUGGUGCAUGAUGGAGCUGACAAACAGUAGAGGACUAUAAUGAAUAAAUGAGAAACAGCACAAAACUGAGCAGCUACAUGCAGAAUUUACCUCAGGGGUCUUAAGCUAUAGUGAAAUGGUGCAAUGGGGAGUCAAGCUUGUAGGAAUCUCUCAGAAACUAAAUUGUAAAACUGAAGAUGAAGCCUUCAAAAAGAAACUGAUGAGGGAGUGAACUCACCACAUCUUAAAAACACAUAGAAGGUCGAUAACAUUCAAGUGGAGCAUGUACAUCUGCAGGGAGUCAACAGAACACUGCUGAGGAACAGAAACAGGCUGCUGAGAUCCAGGAUGGAAGGGAAACUUUAGCUCAGGUUCAAGGAAAGACUUGAACAAACUUGGUUUGUGAAGGAAGAUUUUGUACAUUGUUAUGCCUAUUUUCUAUUAAAAUUCAAAGACUGUU